AUGGGUAAUCAUAUUCUAACAAGCAUAUCAAAUCCAUGUCUUUCAACCACUAAUGAUGGUCCAACUCAAAUUCUUCCAUUCCUUUAUCUUGGUUCACAACAAGAUGCAAUGGAUUCUAGCUUAUUAUCGAAAUAUGGUAUCAAAUAUGUGAUAAAUCUUAGUGUAAAUUGCCCUGAACCAGAUAUACUAAAACAAGAAGGUCAUUUUAUGCGAAUACCAAUUAGUGAUACUUAUCAAGCGAAAUUAUUACCACAUUUUGAAGAUGCUUUCAAAUUUCUUGAUAAGGUAUGUGAACGUGGUUCUGUAGCAUUAGUACAUUGUCUUGCUGGUAUUUCUCGAAGUCCAACAUUGGCUAUCGCAUAUAUGAUGAGACGAAAUAAUUGGACAUCUGAACAAGCAUAUAGGUAUGUGAAGGAACGUAGGCCAUCCAUUUCACCAAAUUUCAAUUUCAUGGGUCAAUUAUUGGAAUAUGAGGCACGAUUACGAGAGAAAAAUAAUUUAAACUUAUCGUCUAAAUCCAGCGAACAUGACGAAGAAUGUCGAAAUGACAAUAAUACUACCGUUUCGACAUCUUUCUUCACAUUGUCCUCUGUUUCAAAAUCCAACUCACCUGGUGAUAUACGUCCAGUUCAGGAAUGUGAUAACACCGAAAAUAUUUCAAAAUUGGGGAAAUCGAUCAGUUGUGAUACAUUAUCUCAAAGGAUAUCAUCAUAUAAACCACAAAAUUUUUGGGAUAACGAUUGCAGUCGGCCAUCUUCAAAGACAAACGAGAAUGGUAAACGUGUAAUGGAAUCAACAUGUCAACAUUUAUUGGAUCGACCAAAAGUUUUGGAUGGAUUAAAAUCUAGGAAAGCUUUAAGCAUACCAGAAAAAGUAAAUGAGGAUUUACCAUCACCAUCAACAGAACUACAAAAAUUAUCAUUUACACAUUCAUCGGAUAUAUCUAAUUCUGCAUCAAAUCCACUUUUUCUGAGUACUAAUCAUAUGGAUAAAUCUAAUUCCAUAUGUAUAAAUUCUACAAUACUAUCAACAUCACAAAUUGAUCAUUAUUCAGCUGAAAAUUUCACAUUUAACUCAUGUAAUCAUUUAUCAAUUCCAUCGACAUCAUCACCAUCACCAUCACCAUCAUCAUCAUCAUCAUCAUUCAGUACCUAUAAUCGAAAUAGAAAUCAUCGAAUAACAAUGGGUCAUAAAUUUUUAACACGUAUUAGUCAUUAUCUUCGAAAAGGAACAACUUAUCAAAUGAAACAUACUAGAAGUAUUACAAUUGGUGGUAAUAUUGCUAAAGAUAAUAUUAUUGGAUCUUCAACAGCAUCACGUACACUUCAAACGUUACGUAGACGACGAAUGUUAGAGCAACAACAACAACAACAACAAGAUCAUUCUCAAUUUAUCAGUGUUACAGAAAAUAAUGAUAAUGGUGAUAAUAAUGCUAAUGCUAAUACUACAGAAUCAAUUCUCGAAUCAUCACGAACAUUUCGUGAAACUGAUCGUGAUUCUAUUAGUUCUGCAAGUUCUUUAGAAAUAUUAGUUCAAUAG